AUGCCUCGUCGACGUUCCGGAAAGCCAAAAGCUGGCCAGUCAAAACACCGUGGGGUGGACCGAAAAGAAGGCAAGAUAAAGCGGUGGAACAAGGCUUCUGAUGUACCCCUGGACGAGGAGGAUCAGUUCCAUGCCUCGCGAGACAAGAUACUACUCGAAGGAGAUGAUUAUGGAAAUGACGGCGAGAACGACGGAGACGAGGACGAGGUGUUCGCUCUGAAGGGUAUCCCUGGCAGUUCAGAUGAAGAGGAUGGGGGCGAUGGCGGGGAUGGUCCGGAAGACGACGAAGACCUUGAGCGCAUAGUCGAAGCCAAGGGCAAGAAGAAGAGCAAGAGCAGGAAGGGCAAAGAGACGUCGCCGUCGCCGUCGCCGUCCGCGGACGAGUCGGAAGAGGAAGAAGAGGGCUGGGGCAAGUCGAAGGCGGCAUAUUACUCCUCAAACGCGGCGCAGCUCGACUCAGACGACGAGGAGGCGAACGAGCUCGAGGUGCAGGAGGCCAUGCGGCUGCAGGCCAAGGCGAGAGACGCUCUGGUCGACGACGAUUUUGGAUUGGCAGACCCUGUCGACGUCACGGCAGAACCGGAAGAUGUCCUGACGGAUUUGCCGGCACCUGCCGUGCAGCCACUACCUCAGGACAAGCCAUCCUUGCUCCGGCAUCUUGAAAAGACCAGUCCUGAGUCGUUGGCAUUGGCUCGAGAUUGGGAUGAUAUCGCACGCCAGCUCCUCCAGACUCAGGUCAAGCUCAUCCAUAUGGAAGCUGAGCAGCCAGACGCGUUGAGUCUCGGCAUGGCACAUUUGCAUUAUCAGGCGCUCUUUACAUACGCCACCACACUCGCGUUCUAUCUUCAUCUGCGGGCCCAGGAGAAGUACGUCCAGCAUCCGGAGUUACUCCGGUCACACCCCGUCCUGCCACGUCUCCUUGUUCUCAAGCGGUCGCUCGCGACGCUCGAGGACCUAGAUUUCGACUUAUCUGAUGAUGACGGCGGCGGCGACGAUUCAUCGUCAGACGAGAACGCCUCCGUUGAAGGUGCUAACGGGCUCUGGUCGCCGGCCAAGAGGAAGGGCCUAGAAUUCGGCGAACUCGAAGACCUGCUGCAGGAGGCGAAUGCGGUCAUAGUCUCCCAGGGCGCCGAGGACCCGGACACACGCUCGCCCAAACGAAGGGUGAAGCCCGCGGUGCCUGAAGAGCCGCCCAAAAAGAAGCGCAAAACGGGUAAGAGCAGCGCAGACGCCAAACCGGCCACGCCCGUGUUCGAUCUCGUCGAGCCCGACCUGGCGCAGCCCAAGGCGGCAUCCUCGUCCGCCGGCCGCCCCGCGUCCUCGGCGGCAACGGACGUGUACGGCGAGGCGACCGCGCUGCCGGCGGCGGACGCAGCGGACAAGAUGGCGCGCAAGAAGUCGCUGCGCUUCCACGCCGCGCGGAUCGAGAGCACGGCGGCGCGCCGGCAGCAUGCGCGCAGCGCGGCGAUGGGCGGGGACGACGACAUCCCGUACCGCGAGCGGAAGAAGGAGAAGGAGCAGCGUGCUGCGCGCGAGGCCGCGAAGCGGCGUGGCGCGGGCGGGGACGACCUGGACGACGCCGAGCCCGAGGCCAGGAAGCCGGAGAAGAAACGUGCACGGGAGGACGACGAGGGGUCUGGGAGCGAGGCCGGCGGGGACGGGGACGGCUAUUACGAGCUCGUCCAGCGCCAUUCCAAGGAGAAGAGGGAGCAAAAGAAGGCCGUGUACGAAGCGGUGAAGGCGGCGGAGAGGGGUCAGCGGCGGAUGGCGACAGGCGGACGCGCACGCACGGCUCUGCAUGGGCUCGAUGAGGAGCGCGAUGACGACGUGGUCCGCGCUCGGGAUGCGGUGCACCUUGAGGUCCUCCGCGAGGUCGCGCGCGCGGUUGAUGAGCGUCUUGGCGAGCAGGCUCUGGUUCGCGUUGCGCGCGCGGUCCGCGACGAGCAGCGGGUUCUCGGAGAACUUGGCGCCCCACGCGAUGACGGUUGCGACGAGCCUGCAUUGCCAUGGGGGCACGCCCCGCGAGUUUGCGCCGAGGAAGAGGCCGCGCUGGAGGCGCGUGCGGAACUGCGCGGGGUUGAGCAGCGGGAGGCGGGUGUGCACGAUCUGAAAAUAGACGUCAACGAGGUCGAGUGCGAUGCUGCGGGCGGGCGUCAGUCAGAGUGCUGUCAGUGCAUGCGGCGCGAGGGUGCUACGCAACUCGAUGCGGAAGGACUCGUCGCCGAGUUUGGCGGCGACGUCGCCCCAGUCGGCGUACGAGCCGCCCAUGCCCGGCGGGAGGGCAGCGUUGUAGCCCUGCAUGGCGCUGCUUACAUCGCGCAAUGGGUCAGGGCGCGUGUCGUCUCAGGAGCAAACGCAAAUUGGCUAGACCUUGGGGUGGGAGGCGAGAACAGAUAA